AGGUUCGCCGCGCCGGUCGCUUGCACCCAUGCCGCUCUGCGCGGAAAACUUCGCAACUUCACCAAGUCAAUCUAAGUCAAUAGUUACAAGUAAUGUGUUCAUAGAACAUUUUUAAAGCAUUUAGUAACACUUUUAAUCUGUUUGCUAGACCUUUUAAACGGUGGUGUGUAGUGUAUAAAUGAGUGAUUACUUUCAUUCUGUGUGAAUUUAUGUUAAGUGACAGGUGCAACUAAUUUUCUUGCUUCAACUUAGGUCGGCUGUCUCGAAAGGAAGUUUCAUCUUGGAGAGCAUUCACGCCGAACGGCCGGUGCCUUCGAAAAUAGUAGCGGCGCUCUGCAUAUUUUCACGAUAAUAAACUUUUGGAAUGGAUGAACCGAAGCACGAUGAAAGAUAACCCGCUACAAUGACAGUUGACACUAUAAGAUGGAGAUGAAGAAACAAGACAAACCCGGCAGUUUAUCGCCACUGAAGCCAACAUUAAGGGUCGACAGCAGCGAAGAAAGAACCUCUCGCUCUGGCAGCAAAGCGGAGAAAGAGCUCAAGCUACCACCGGAAAAGUCACCCGACGAGGGUGGCGGCAAGAAAGAAAGACGGCUGUCCAAGGCUAGUGAUAGUUCCCGAGAGACUUUUGAAAGGCAAGAUUCAAAACAGUCGUCGAUUACUAGUCCAAAAGUCUCUCGGAAGUACUUUACGAAUUGGAAGCAGGCGUGCGACAAGACUAAAGACAAGACCAAAGAGUUGCUGAAGCGGUGGAGGACGCUACCCGAAGCCGAGGUGCCUGAGGACCAGAUGCAGGCUGCGGCCAACCAUGACCACGAAGAGGGGGAACACCGCGGCUGGAGCGUGCAUGUGUGGACGACGUGGGUCAACCGCUUCAGCGAAGACCUGGGCUGCCUGGAGCUGGAGGACGAGCAGCCGCUGGCUCAGCUGAGCUCCGUUCAAACUGACAAGCUGACGCUCUUCUUCACCGAGCUACUCGACCAUGACAGAGAUGACGUCAUUUGUGAUCAAGACUUUGAUCCCUUCUUUGAGAAGCUCGCUCACUUCGCCGACUGGUCGUUCGACUCGUCCGAGUUCCACAUCAUGUUAGAAGUGAAACGGGAAUUCAUAGAGCAGUUCAUCAACCCGCUGCCUCCCAAAUACGGUGAGCUCCCCUACUACAAGCGGGUGUGCGGCCCAGAGGCCGGAGGGUACCCGGGCCGGACCACGCUGGAAGGCUGGCUGGCGAGGUGGGCGCUACUUCUGAGUCGAUAUCGCCGCUUCUCUGACUUGCCGCUGUACCUGCAGUACUUGUGCAAGAUACUGUUCCACGUCGUAGACAGAACCAGUACUGGCGAGAUAACGAAGGCGGCGCUCGCAGCGUUCUACCGCUCGGUGAUCGGGCUCAGCGCACAGCGCGUCGAUGAAAUCAUCGACACUGCCUAUGACCGCAUGACUAGUAACAGUUACCUAAUCCUGGACUACGGCACGUACGUGCACUGCUUCACUAACUGGCUGAUGGGGAAGAACCCCAACGGCCCUGGACAGUGGGUUCUAGUGCCCUCUAAAGACACCCUCCCUGAGCCCCCCUUCCCCGUGGACUACAGCGCGCUCAACACCGAACCAGCCAAGUUGGAGCCGUAUGCUCCGGAUAAGAAGACUAAUAGACACUCUGUUAUAGUAUAAGUGACAAGAUUCGGUUACGGAAGAAAGAUCAACUUCCCUUGUUUUAUACAAAUGUAAUGUAAGAAGUGAAGGUCAGUCCAUAGAUCUUAAGGAAGUAGGGAAUCGGAAAUCAACCUACUCAUAUCCAACUUCUUUUCCACUACCCUGAUUUCAUUAACGCCGUACUCUGUUACGUGUCACCGGGCGACGUCUACGGUAAUCAUGAUAAUAAUAUUAUAUGGAAAUCAUAAUUGUAACUAAUGUGACUUACAGUUAUAUACAGAGCCCGCACACUAAAAUUUGUCAUAAUUUACUCCUGCGAUUCUCACCCAAACCACGUAAACAUGUUUCAUCACACUUGCUCACAAGUUAAGGGUAAUUCUUCACAAUUAUCUGUAUAAUAACAGCUGUUAUUACUCCCAAAAGGGAUAGUUUUUUUUUUAUUAUGUAACUAAGUUAUGCCAAGCAGAUUGCACCCUAGUCAAGCAAAAAGAACGAGCAAUCUUACUUACAAUCAAAAAUCGAAGCGUAGCGGUGUCGGGGCUCUGAAUGACACUACAUAGUUAACAAAUUUAGCCAUAUCCUCUUUAUUGCAAAAUAUACUAGAGUAAGACCAAGAAAAGUCUGCAGUGGAUUUGAUAGCCCAUGCAGUGCAAGUAUUAUUUUAAACGGCAAACUUCUAUGAAAUUAUGACGUAUAAAUCUGGUACUGCGAGGGCUAUCAAAAUCGCUGCAGACUUUUCGUGACUUCACUCUACAUAUUAUUUAUCUACCUACUUAGGCACUUAUUGCGAAAUGUACUUAGUAUUAUUGCAUUCAGGCAUCCUGAUCCUCUCCGGUGCGCUUUACAUUCGACCUCAAUGUAAAUAAAUGUAGCUAUCAGGGUUGUAAUGAGUACGCAAAAUAGAAAAGUAUUCACCACUGGCGACAUUGGUGAAAACGUAUAAAAUUUAUUCAAAUAAUAACCGUACGAACUUAUUCUAGUCUUUUAACAUAAUAUAAAAUUGAGUACGUACGUAGCAAUAAGGAUAUAGGUACAUAUUAGAUAAUAUAAUAUGAAUAAACUAUCUCUAUGUAAGUGACUAGAACCGGUUGGGAACUAUGUUAAAAGCCCCGUAGAAUAAUUGACCUACACUGUCGUACAUAUCUAACAUAUUAACGAAACUGCGCUAACGCAGAGCGGUCCUGCGCAUAUGCCACGUAUUUGUUAGAUCUAGUCGCACCUUAGGUUUGAAAAGAUAAUUCCCGUACAGCCCAUGAUGGGCCUUUAGCUUAGCCCCCAACCUCAGGUGUGUUUUCUCUUCUAUUUGCAAACGCUUUAUAUAAAUUGUAUAUGGGUGCAACUCGACCAAGUCUAUUAUCUCUAUAAUGUAUUAGAAAAUAUAUAAUAAGUCGAUGUAAAUAGUAGGAAUAAUGCACAACACGAAAAGCAAAAACUGCCUUAAAUAAGCGUAUUCACAUCUCACGAUAUAGCCUUAUUUUGUACCUUAGUAUUAAAUGGAGACUAAUAUACUGUUAGAAUAAAAUAUCACUUUGAACCGGA